AGCUAUCCCAGCGUUCUGUUCGGCACGCAUGCGGCCUGGGACGCGCAGAAUUUAAAUUUCCAACCGAAGACCAACGGAUCGCACGGAAGCUCCUGAACCAAGAGUCGAGUUCUGUUUACGUCGCUAACUUUCCACGCUUUGGGAAGGUUUUAGCUGGUACUGGUGUUCACAAUGGACCCGUUUACAGAGAAACUCCUGGAGCGAACUCGUCAGAGGCGAGAGCUAUUGGCCCAAAAGAUGGCAGAGAGGCCCACACCGACUCCUCGCAAGCGUGUGUUGGAGAGAAUGCCACUGAGGGAGACUGAGAAUGUUCAGGACAAUCAGGAUGAGGACUCACCCAAUAAGAAGCCUCGGGCACACACCACUGACCAGACAGAAACUAAGACUGUUGCAGUGGAGAAGCUGCUUGGUAAAUCCACAGGCCACGGUACGGCAGGACUGCGUUCUCGUAUGCAGGAACUAGCCAGUCAGCGCAGGAAAUGGGAGCGAGGUGAGGCAUCAGCAGAGCAGGAGGCACCAGCUGUAUCCAGUUCUGAGGAUCAGCCACUCUCCCCCACACCCAAGCCAAGAGCGCAGCCUGCAUCGGGAUCCUCCUCCAGCAGGGGGCGCUUUGCUCACCUGGCUGCAAAGCAGAGUAGCUGGGAGGAUGACACCCACAACCAGGGAUUUGGUGCUCUGCACAGGGAGGAGAAGAAAAAGCAGGCCCCUAAUGCUCCCGCACAGUCGAGUGUCCAGAAACGCCAGGCUCCCUCCAUCCCCAAGGAGGAACCACAGAAGAAAUCAGCCAACACAGGUGGUGGAUUCUGGGGAGGCAAGGAGCCCCGUCUGAGCGUUAGUGAGUCAAAGCCUGUUCACAAACCGACUGUGAAGACUACUGAAAACAAGAAGCCCACGCCGGCCCCUGCUAGUGACAAGCCUGCUCCCUCAAGCCCCUUUGUAAGUGGCAGAGCUGCGCUGUUUGACAAACAAACUCCGAAACAAACUCCAACAAGAACUGUCAAGGAGACAAAGCCUCGGACCAAGACCUCCCAGCCCCCCAGUAAGGAGACCAAUGGUGAGGUUGUGGAGGAGAAGCCAGUUUCUGUCAGGUUUGCUGCACAGCUGUUUGCAGCUCAAGAGGAGAAGGCUAAAAGGGAAGCUAAAAAGACUUGGCUGGUGCAAAAAGAGAAGCUAAAACAGCCUGCAAAGCCUGCUGGGAAUGGCAGGUUUGGAGACAGGGCUCCUGCCAAGGAGCCUGUGAGAGAGACUACGACCACGCCCGCUGAGCAGGGAACUGCUGCCAAGAAGACUGCUCCAGCCACCAAGUCCGUGCAUGACCGCCUGAGAGAGGCCGCCCAGAACAGGCAGCGGGAAAACGACCCGGCAGCACAGAUGAAGAAGGAACGAGCGGCAGAACUGGCCCAGCUCAAGAACCGCUGGGAGAAAUGGGGAGUCAAGAAAGAUGAGGAGACCCCAGCUGAGCCUAAGACUGAGUCAGCAGCUCCCUGUUUCACACCGUGGGACAAACCAAAACAGAGACAACAGGAACCUGAACCUGAGAGUGAGGAGGAUUCAGAGGAAGAGGAGAUGUCAGGUGUUGAAGAAAGCAGUGACAAGGCAAAAGAACCAGAGGUGCCAAGUGCAGAGGUCGAGGAGGAUGAUGAUGAUGAUGAUGAAGAUGACGAAGAAGAUGAAGAGAAGAACACGACAAAAGCCUUAGAUGACCUGCUGGAUGAGGUGAUAGACUCUCCCCCAGUAAAGAACCCCACCCCACCUCGCAAACAGGAACCCAGCAGACAGGAGAAAGCAAAGAAGGUGGCCUUUGCUGCUGAGACAACAACUCCCAAGAUUCCCAAGUCCAGUUCAGCAGAGAGUGUGGUGCCGUCUUCUGUGGAGGAGGUAGAAGAACGGCCGCUCAUGUAUAGUUUGGAGUGUUAUCGGUCCAUGCGCAAGUCCAAGUCAAGGCCCAAUGCUGUCAAAACCAUAGUGCGGAACCACAAGCCCACCAUCAGCACUAGCGAUGAUGAUGACCCAGCUCCUAGUCCAGAGGUCCCAGCCAGGCCCGCCCGCCGGGUACCCAUCAAGGACAAGGUCAAACAUCUCAUGGAGCAGGUGGCCUCGCAGCAGACCAUCGUCCACCAGGCGAGCCAGGCGCUGAACGUCUGCCGGGAUGCUGAACACGGGAAGGGCUCAGCAGAGGAGGUGGAGGCCGAAAGGUUGCUGCUGAUUGCUACUCAGCGGCGUCUAGCUCUGUUAGCAGAGACACAGCGUCUGAAGAACCUGGGCCCUGACGGUGAGAGGGAGGAGUCUAUGGAAGGAGCCAAGCCAUGCCGGGGGACCCUGACCAUCACUGACAUCAAGCUCCCUCUGAAGGGCGAGUACCUCUUCUCCCUGAAGGAAGGGAAUGUCCCAGGAGAUGACUACUUCUUCUGCCUGAUCUACAACGGCCCAGAGAAGGUCAUCCCCACCAUGAUGCUCAGUACGGCCGACAAGAUCGCCGGGGACAGCAUGUGGUUCACCAAUCACAUCGUCCUCAACAACAUCAACAGUAACUUUGAUGUCAAGAUUGAGGUGUAUAACAUGCGUAUGAAACGUCUCAAGCCUGACAACCAACAGAAAUCUGCCCUGGGGAGUCUGCUUGGCAUGCCCUCCCCCAAACUGAAGAACCUGGCACCAAAGAAGAUCUUCACCAACAUCAUGGGGAAAGACAACUCCAUGAGUCCCCUGCUGCGAAGCCUGGGGGGUCCCAGCACUGUUCGUAACAGCAACUUUGUCCUGAUGGGGGAGACGCACAUCAGGCUGUGUGACGUGCGGAAGACCCAGUUCACCCUGGACAAGGUUCCGUUCCUGUCCCCCCUGCAGGGUCAUGUGCAGGUGCGCAUCCACUGCCACAUGGACAGUGGUGUGGAGGAGAGGGGCUUCCUCACCAUGUUUCAGGAUGUGGGUGGCUUUGGUUCCUGGCACCGUCGCUGGUGUGUCCUGUCCAACUGGCGGUUGGCGUACUGGACCUACCCUGACGAUGAGAGGAGGAAGGACCCUAUCGGAGUCAUCGACGUGGGCCAGUGCAUCACCAAGAACAUCACCACUGUGUCUAGAGAGUGGUGUGCCCGUCCCAACACCAUCGAGAUUCUGUGUUCCCGACCAGUGAAGGAUGAUGACAAGGACACCAUUGUGGACUCUGUGGACUGGAAGAACAAGACAGUCACCACCAAGCACUGGAUAUCAGCAGACACCAAGGAAGAGCGAAUCCAGUGGAUAGCCCAGCUGAACAAGGCUCUCACCAAUCUGCGCAUGUGGUCUGCCAAGAACUAACUAACUUCAAGCCAUUUUUAUAUUCAAUUCUGUGAUAUCUGUAUGUAAUCAUGUCUUUGUAUAGCAAUAUUUUAAUGACAUCAUUCACUUCUGUUUCCUGUCCAUCUCUUCAUACUGUACUUUAGAGAUUCACAAUCACUAUCAUCAAUAGUACAUGUAUUAUAGAGGGUCCAGUGAGGUAAUAUCAUAAAUGAUAAAAUAGUCACACAUACUACUUUAUACCACUUAUAAGUGCAGUCAAGCUACAACAACUCAGAUAUCACUAUGGAGCUAGUGUGCAACAGUAACUUGUGGGAAAAGGGCUUAAGAGUUAAAGUGGGCAGAGAAAGUACUGAUUUUCAAUCCCAUGUUGUACAUAGAAUCUGCAUUAUUACCAUACCCUUAUCAUUAUGAUAAUUUGUUCCAAAUUUGUAUGCAUGGAUAAGGGGACUCCAGUGUGUUAAAUAAAUAAUCUAGAUUAUCCGAUAAGAGCUUCACAUACAUUGUACACUUACAAGUAAUCAUGCUCUAAAACUGUUGCAAUAUGUAAUCAAUAUAACUGAGCUAUAGGACAUGGUGGCUGGGCCAGGCGUACGAGAGCUGUGGUGUUUUGCAUGAAGGAAUCACCAAAAGCUGUGCUGAAAGAAUAUAGACCAGAAAAAAAGGAGAAAAGGCGCUCCUUUGGGGAAAGGGUUGAGAUUGGGCAGCAUUGUGAAGCCACAUGGAAGUAGAUUUUUCAAGAUUACAUUUUGAUUUUUAAGUAUUGUUAAUAGAUAUGUAUUCUUUUUAUAGUGAUACUAGACUAUUACUAGUAUAUUUUCAGUUACACACUAUACAUACAGUAGAGGCAAAGUCUUAAUGUCCAAACAACCAGCCACUUCUCUUGCUAAUGAUAAUAUUAUUUGUAUCUGUUCAUGUCUUAUGUUACUGUAGCUACAUCAUUCAAAAUGCUCAUAUCUUUGCAUGUUCUAACCAGUUAUUGCAGUAUUAGUACAAAUGUAUUACAGUCCUGAUAAUGGCACAGAUAGACAUUAUAUCAUGACAAUAGAACAGGGUUAGAGGCUGUGGUAAUUUCAUUAAUAAAGAUAAAUGUUUCAUACAUGCAAUCUGUAACUUAAAAAAAUUGAUGAAGGUUUGCAGCUCUGUUGGUCAGUCUACUGUAAUCUGUUCAAAACAUGACAAUCCAGUAUAACUGGAAUGAAAGAGUAGUGUUGUAGUCUAGGAUAGCACAGAAGCUGAGACUGACUUUGUAUAUAAACAUAUAUGCCUCCUCAUAGGCACAGGGAAUUGUAUACUAGUAGCUACCUGUGUCCACUGUCACCUCUAUCUUACAAUCACUCAACAUUUGGUGUAGGGCUCUCCACUCAAUCUGACUUCUUUAGUUUUAAAUUGUAUCUUCAAAAUAAACAUAUCUAUAAUACCAAUGA